AUGUCCAGAUAUAAAGAUAAAAAUUUACACUGUAUCCCACCAAACCUUAAUCCUGAUAAAGCUGAAAUUGUUCCUGGCUCCAGUAUUUAUAUUAGUGAUUUUGUCUGUGAAUUUAUCAGGUGUCUCAAACUUUUAGACUAUAAAAUUGCUAUAAAUGACUUACUUCUUGAUUCUAUGUGUCUCAAAUAUAUCAAAGCAGCUUUAUAUGCUAUACCAAUAUUUGAACGAACACACCCCAACAAGAUAGCACUAUUCAUGUUUGAUAAUAGUAGCAAUCAUAGUUCAUUUGCCAAAGAUGCCCUUUUGGUCUCACAAAUGAGCAUAAAAGAUAGUACAAAAAAACCACUUCUUUGUACUGGUAAAUAUCAUGAUGGUUUCGAGCAUAUAAUAACUUAUAGAGACAGUAAUAGUAUAUUAAAACCUAAGAGAAUUAGACGGGUUCUUGAUAAAAGAAGUUUAUGGAUACCAGGGCCUCAAAAAACUGUUUCAAAGGCAUUAGAUUUUGUUGGUUUAUUAAAGAUUCACUACUUUGCUUGUCAUUCUAAACACUUUAUAAGUACUUAUGAAUUUGAACUUUUUGGAAAGACUGCUAACUAUGCAGAAAAGAA